AUGGAAGCUGGAAAUGAGGUGCCCCUGUCCUCCUUCAUCAUGGAUGAGGAGACACUGAAGAGGAAGCAGCGAGAGAAGCUGAAGAAGCUCCAGGCCACAGGUGGGAAUCCACGACCCACCCGUUCGCUCUUCUUCCUCACUCUGAAGAACCCCUUCCGCAAGGCCUGCAUCAGCAUUGUGGAGUGGAAGCCCUUUGAGAUCAUCAUUCUGUUGACAAUUUUCGCGAACUGCGUGGCGUUGGCCGUCUUUCUGCCCAUGCCAGAGGAGGACACGAACAACACCAACACCAAUCUGGAGAGCCUGGAGUACAUCUUUCUGGUGAUUUUCACCAUGGAGUGCUUCCUGAAGAUUGUGGCGUAUGGCUUUUUGUUUCAUGCUGACGCGUACCUGCGAAACUGCUGGAACAUCCUGGACUUUGUUAUUGUAUUCAUGGGGCUCUUCACUAUUGUCCUGGACACCAUCAACCACAUCAGCGGCGUUGAGGCACCUGUGGGGGAGAAGGGUGGUGGCUUUGAUAUGAAGGCCCUGAGGGCAUUCCGUGUCCUACGUCCACUCCGUCUCGUCUCCGGCGUCCCCAGCCUGCAGGUGGUGAUGAACUCCAUUCUCAAGUCGAUGCUUCCGUUGAUGCACAUCGCCCUGCUGGUGUUCUUUAUGGUCACCAUAUAUGCCAUUGUGGGGCUCGAGCUCUUCAAGUGCAAGAUGCAUAAGACCUGCUACUACACUGGCACUGAUAUCAUCGCUAUGGUGGAGAAUGAACAGGCUUCACCCUGUGCUCAGGCUGGCAACGGACGUCGUUGCACCAUCAACGGCACAGAGUGCAAGGCCGGAUGGCCUGGACCCAACCAUGGCAUCACCCACUUUGACAACCUGGGCUUUGCCAUGCUCACUGUCUACCAGUGCAUCACCAUGGAGGGCUGGACAGAAGUACUAUACUGGGUGAACGACGCAAUUGGCAACGAGUGGCCCUGGAUGUACUUUGUCACUCUAAUCUUACUGGGCUCUUUCUUCAUACUCAACCUGGUUCUUGGCGUUCUCAGUGGGGAGUUCACAAAGGAGCGAGAGAAGGCAAGGUCACGAGGCGAGUUUCAGAAGCUGCGGGAACGGCAACAGUUAGAUGAAGACCUCAAAGGUUACAUGGAAUGGAUCACCCAGGCUGAAGUCAUGGACAAUGACCAGGAGGGACAAGGACUCCUGCCUCUGGAGGAAGGUGGUUCAGACACCGAGAGCCUGUACAAUAUUGAGGGCAUGAACCGCAUCAUCUACUACUUUCGACGCUGGCGGCGAUGGAACCGCUUCUUUCGGAGGAAAUGCCGUGUCUGGGUGAAGUCCCAACUCUUCUACUGGCUGGUGAUCCUACUGGUGUUCCUUAAUACACUAGCUAUUGCAACAGAGCACCAUCAGCAACCUGAAGCACUCACUAACCUGCAAGACAAUGCCAACAAGGUGCUGCUGUCUCUGUUUGCGGCUGAGAUGUUCUUGAAGAUGUAUGCGCUGGGUCUGCCUUCCUACUUCAUGUCGUUGUUCAACCGAUUUGACUGCUUUGUGGUGACUGUGGGAAUUGUGGAGCUGGUGCUAGUGCGGAUGGAAGUGUUGUCGGCACUCGGAAUUUCAGUCCUACGCUGCAUCCGUCUGCUUCGUCUGCUGAAAGUCACAAAAUACUGGACAGGCCUCAGCAACCUGGUGGCUUCCCUGCUCAACUCCGUGCGUUCCAUUGCCUCACUCCUACUGCUGCUCUUCCUCUUCAUCGUCAUCUUCUCCCUGCUAGGCAUGCAGGUCUUUGGGGGCAAGUUCAAUUUCCCUGACCAGGAGGUGAGGCGUAGUACGUUUGACAACUUCCCUCAGGCACUCAUCAGUGUCUUCCAGAUCCUCACAGGGGAGGACUGGAACUCUGUAAUGUACGAUGGCAUCAUGGCUUAUGGAGGGCCUGUUUUUCCUGAGAUUCUAGUUAGCAUCUACUUCAUCAUCCUCUUUGUGUGUGGAAAUUACAUCCUGCUGAACGUGUUUCUGGCAAUUGCUGUGGACAACCUGGCGGAAGCAGAGAGCCUGACAUUGGCCCAGAAAGAAAAGGCAGAGGAGAAGAAGCGCAGAAAGCUGCUCAGAGCGAGCAACCCUGAUAAGGUAGAGGAGGAGAAGACACUCAUGGCCAAAAAACUGGCAGAUCAGAGAGCCAAGAUGGAAGGAAUCCCUACCACAGCUAAGCUUAAAGUAGAUGAAUUUGAGUCAAAUGUCAAUGAAAUAAAGGAUCCAUUCCCUCCAGCAGAUUUCCCUGGCGAUGAUGAGGAGGAGGACCCAGAGAUUCCACUUAGCCCCAGGCCUCGACCUAUGGCAGAUCUACAGCUGAAGGAGAAAGCUGUGCCUAUGCCUGAGGCCAGCUCUUUCUUUAUUUUUGGACCACAGAACAAGUUCCGGAAACUCUGCCAUCGCAUAAUCAAUGCCACCACCUUCACCAAUAUCAUCCUCCUCUUCAUCUUGCUCAGCAGUAUUUCCCUUGCAGCUGAGGACCCCAUUGAUCCACUGUCCUUUAGAAACCAGGUCUUGGCCCAUGCUGACAUUGUCUUCACUUCAGUGUUCACAGCGGAAAUCGUACUCAAGAUGACCACCUAUGGAGCCAUUCUGCAUAAAGGAUCUUUCUGCAGAAACUCCUUCAAUAUCCUGGACUUGAUUGUUGUAGGCGUGUCUUUGCUGUCCAUGGGAAUGGAGUCAAGUGCCAUAUCUGUGGUGAAGAUCCUGAGGGUGCUCAGAGUACUAAGGCCUCUGAGAGCAAUCAAUCGUGCCAAGGGGCUCAAGCAUGUGGUCCAAUGUGUAUUUGUGGCCAUCAAGACCAUUGGCAACAUCGUCUUGGUCACCAUGCUGCUAGACUUCAUGUUCGCCUGUAUCGGUGUCCAGCUUUUUAAGGGCACAUUUUACAUGUGCACAGACCCUUCUAAAAUGACUGAGCAGGAGUGCAGGGGGUCCUACAUCAAGUACCAAGAGAAUGCUCUCCAUGAGAUGGAGGUCCACAGGCGUGAGUGGAUGAACAGCGACUUGAACUUCGACAACGUGCUGAAUGGCAUGCUGGCACUCUUCACCGUGUCAACGUUUGAGGGCUGGCCGCAGCUUCUGUACAUCGCCAUCGACUCCCACACUGAGAACAUGGGCCCCAUCUAUAACAACCGUGUGGAGAUCGCCAUCUUCUUUAUUGUCUACAUAAUUCUCAUUGCCUUCUUCAUGAUGAACAUCUUUGUGGGCUUUGUCAUCGUCACCUUCCAGGAGCAGGGUGAACAGGAGUACAAGAACUGUGAGCUGGACAAAAACCAGCGCCAGUGUGUCCAGUAUGCUCUCAAAGCCCGGCCUCUGCGGUGUUACAUCCCAAAGAACCCCUACCAGUACCGAGUUUGGUACAUCGUGACAUCGUGCUAUUUUGAGUACCUCAUGUUCCUGCUCAUCAUGCUUAAUACCCUCUGUCUGGGUAUGCAGCACUGUGACCAAUCGGAUCACAUCACCCAUCUGUCAGACACACUCAACGUGAUCUUCACUGUACUCUUCACCGUGGAAAUGAUCCUCAAACUACUGGCGUUCAAGGCCAAGGGUUACUUUGGAGACCCAUGGAACGUAUUUGAUUUUCUCAUCGUUGUUGGAAGUGUUGUGGACGUCAUCCUCAGUGAGAUUGAUGCUGCCCUUGCCUCCAGCGGUGGACUGUAUUGUCUCUACGGUUGCGCGGAGGUAAAUCCAAUGCAGGCUAUAGCUGACUCAGAAAAUGCACGGGUGUCAAUCACCUUUUUUCGCCUCUUCCGCGUGAUGCGUCUAGUGAAGCUGUUGAAUCGGUCAGAGGGUAUCCGCAACCUGCUCUGGACCUUUAUCAAGUCAUUCCAGGCCCUGCCAUAUGUAGCUCUACUUAUUGUCAUGCUGUUCUUCAUCUAUGCUGUCAUCGGGAUGCAAGUAUUUGGUAAGAUUGCACUAGUGGAUGGCACGCAGAUCAACCGCAACAACAACUUUCAGACAUUCCCCCAAGCCGUCCUGCUGCUAUUCCGCUGUGCCACAGGUGAGGCAUGGCAGGAGAUCAUGCUGGCUUGCAUGUAUGGACAGAUGUGCGACCCAAAGUCAGACUUCUUGCCGGGAGAGGAGUACACAUGUGGUUCCAAUUUUGCCGUUCUCUACUUCAUGAGCUUCUACAUGCUCUGUGCUUUCCUGAUCAUCAACUUGUUUGUGGCGGUUAUCAUGGAUAAUUUUGACUAUCUAACACGCGAUUGGUCAAUACUUGGUCCUCAUCAUCUGGACGAGUUUAAGAAAAUCUGGGCAGAGUAUGACCCUGAAGCCACGGGGCGAAUCAAACACCUGGAUGUGGUGACUCUUCUGCGCAGGAUUCAGCCUCCACUGGGCUUUGGGAAGUUCUGCCCUCACCGUGUAGCAUGCAAGCGGCUUGUGUCCAUGAACAUGCCCCUCAACAGCGAUGGCACCGUCACCUUUAAUGCCACAUUAUUUGCUCUGGUGAGAACAGCCCUCAAAAUCAAAACUGAAGGAAACUUUCAGCAGGCCAACGAAGAACUUCGAGCCAUUAUCAAGAAGAUAUGGAAACGAACCAGUAUGAAACUGCUGGACCAGGUCAUUCCCCCUAUAGGAGAUGACGAAGUAACUGUGGGCAAGUUCUAUGCCACCUUUCUUAUCCAAGACCACUUCCGUAAGAUAAUGAAGCGGCGGGAAGAGUACUAUGGGUACCGGCCCACAAAGAAGAACGCCACAGAGAUACAGGCAGGGCUGCGCAGCAUGGAGGAGGAGCCUCUCCCCGAGCUCCAGCGGGCUAUCUCUGGAGACCUUCCGACAGGAGAGGAGAUAGACAGGGCUGUGGAAGAGGGCAUCUACAGGCGAUCAGGGGGCCUGUUUGGGAACCAUGUGGAUCCGUUCAGCAUGGAACGAAACACCACCUUGCCGACUCAGGUGACCAGCCAUCGGCCCUUGCAAGUGUCCGAGAGCCGUACAGAGGAUGCAGAGCAAUCUCCUGGCUCCAUCUUUCUCCACAGCACAGAGUUCUUUCCCACAAUGCCAAACAAGGCCAACACCAGCUCCAAUAACAAUUGCAGACUAGGACCCCCAGAUGCUUUGCUGGAGUCACAGGGGCAGCAGAGAAGGGCCACAACAAGAGGUGAACACAGGAGCUCACCACUAUAAGGAAACAGCUGAGACUAAGGACAUUUAUGACAACAACAUCAAGCCAGAACACUUGUGAAUGGCUACGGUGAGAAGACAGUCAAAAUGCCCA